CUCGUUGCCGUUCAGGCUCCUGCGUCGUGACGUCACUUCCGGCGCGUCGCCGUCUCCUCAGCGACCAUGGCGCUGAACGCGGGCGCGGAGCCGGCCCCGGCCGCGGCGGAGCUGGAGGCCCGGCGGGAGCGGCAGGAGUGGGUCAGCCGCGCCAUGGGGCAGCUGCUGCUGCGGGGGUACCGGAUGCUGGGCCGGUGCUGCCCCCACUGCGGGACCAUCCUGCUGCAGGACAAGGACCAGAAGCUCCAUUGCGUGUCCUGCCAGGACCGGGACUUCGAUGGCAGCCCUGCACCGGAGCCCACAACCGCCUCAUCCCCACCCCCCCAGCGCCACGCGGCUCCCCCCCGGCCCGAGCACUGCGAGGGGGCCGCAACGGGGUUACGGGGAGCGCCCCCCCCCGGCCCCCCCGAGGCGGCGGCGGUGGCCUUGGCGCGCGCGGCCGUGCUGGACAAACUGGGCUGGGCUGCGCGGGAGCUGCCCCGCACCGCAUCCACCGAGGGCAGCGCCCAGCUCUGCGCCCUGGUGCGCGCCUGCGCCGAGGCGCUGGGGGGGCUGCAGGCGCUCGCCCCCCCCGGCAGCCCCCCAUAAACGCUCUGACAAGCGCA